AUGGUGUGCAUGAAUAUCCUGGCAGAUGCUCUCAAAAGCAUCAACAAUGCAGAAAAACGAGGAAAACGCCAGGUUCUCAUUAGGCCGUGCUCUAAAGUAACCGUCAGGUUCUUAACUGUGACGAUGAAGCACGGUUACAUUGGCGAAUUUGAGAUCAUCGAUGAUCACAGAGCAGGAAAAAUUGUUGUGAACCUCACAGGCAGAUUAAACAAGUGUGGUGUAAUCAGCCCCAGAUUUGAUGUUCAAUUGAAAGAUCUGGAAAAGUGGCAGAAUAAUCUGCUACCAUCCGGUCAGUUUGGGUUCAUUGUGCUUACAACCUCAGCUGGCAUCAUGGACCAUGAGGAAGCAAGACAAAAACACACAGGAGGAAAAAUCCUGGGAUUCUUUUUCUAAGGGUGUAAAACAUACAUACAAAUAAAAUGCUCCAAAAAAAAAAAAAAAAA